AUGUGUUUCUCGUGCCCUGACCCCACAUCUAUAAUACAUGGCCAGUCCGCACAGGAGGCGUGGGAACCGGUUGUUGUUUAUCCCUUGAUCUCACUGAUGCAACCCUCACCUUAUCCAGCUCCAGUGUUGGUUCGAAAAGCCAGGGGGAGGAGAGGCGCUCAGUCUAUCCAUCUACGUCUGGUCCCCACAGAGGAUCACAGCACAGGUCAGUCCGUGUCCCCGCCCGAGGUGCUCUGUCCCGGGUGA